ACACAAAAAAAACUCAACACCAUAAAAAGCUAUCUCUCUAAAAGGAAACCGACAAGAGUGGUUGGUCACUAAAUCACCCUCCUCCUCCUGUAUUUCAUUUCUGCAUCAGACUCUCUCGCUGAACAAGGUAAACGCCUGUCUCUCUUUAAAACUAAUUAGCGUGGGGUGACAUUAGAUUACAUACAAGAUCUAUGAGAGGCUAAUUCUAGUUAUUUGUUUGUUUUAUGUGAACUGAAAACAAAGCACAAUGACAACAGAGAUAGGCCUGCAUGAAUCAACAACACCAUACUAUGAUUAUUCUGAUGAAACCCCGGUUCCUCCACCAAUACAGAGAUGUUCCGAGGUUGGUUGCGUGACACUUGUGCUGGUCUAUGUGCUUAUCUUCGUGCUGGGGGUCUGUGGCAACACCGCAGUUAUCUGGAUUGCUGGUUUCAAAAUGAAGAAGACAGUGAACACCAUGUGUUACCUCAGCCUAGCCAUCUCUGACCUCAUGUUCUGUUCCUGUGUACCCUUCAACAUCGUCCACAUGGUACACAAGAGGUGGAUCUUUGGCCUUUUUAUGUGCAAGUUCGCCUCUUUCGCGACGUUUGUAAACAUGUACAGCAGCAUCUUCCUCCUGGUCAUCGUCAGCGUCGACCGCUGUGUGAUGGUCGCGUUCCCAGUGUGGGGUCAGAACAACCGCACGCUCAAACGGGUGAUGAUAGCGGUGUUCCUAGCCUGGGUCAUGUCGAUCAUCAUCAGCGUACCUGCUCUCAUUUUUCGAGAUGUAAUCCUUUCACCUAGAGAACAAGUCUUAAUAUGUGUCUUAAGGUACGAACUGCUCUCCAACAGCCACACAGCCAUCGUUGUGAAUCGUUUAGUCGUUGGGUUUGUGUUACCUAUAGUCAUUAUCAGCCUGUGCUAUUCAGUCAUUAUCAUCAAACUACAGACCAAUCACAUGACCAGGUCCUCAAAGCCCUUCAAGGUGAUGACGGCCCUCAUCGUCACUUUCUUCAUAAACUGGCUGCCCUACCAUGUUUUCUCUCUGAUGGAAAUCAAGUUCAAACUACAGAUUGUUCAGCAAGGGCUGAGGGUUUCUGUGGUUCUGGCCAGUCUCAACAGUUGCCUGAACCCAUUUCUCUACGCUUUCAUGGGAAACGACUUUAAGGACAAGUGCUGGAGCUUCCUGUCCAGGAUUGAAAAUGCUUUCGGGGAAAUCCAGAACCUCUAAAAGAACAUCUUCAUCGCAGGGGGAUUCCAGACAUUCUACAAAUGUCUGAUUCACAUCCACGAAAAAAAG